CUUAUUUUACUUUUUUUACGUUAAAUUUAGUCCGUUCUAUUUUUUCCUGUUCAAUAAAUAUAAUAAAUAUGUCAUAUAAAUUUGAUUCCGAAGUUUUGAAAGCGCUUGAAAAAUUGCUUAAAACUGAAACUAAUUAUGAUGUUAUUAUUCAAGUCGGGAAAGAAUCGGAUACUAAGGAAUUUUAUGCGCAUUCUGGUUUUCUAUGUUGUAGAUCCAAUUAUUUUAAUUCGAUCAUUUCUGCAAAUGAUACUAUUAAAAUUGAUGGGAAAUAUAUAAUUGAUAUGCCAAAUAUUACUCCUCAAGCUUUCGAUGUUAUCAUCACGUAUUUUUAUACUGGACAUAUUAAUAUGAUAAAUAAAACUGGUGCUGAAAUUUUAAACAUGAUGAUCGCUUUUGACGAAUUAAAAUUGAAUCAAUUAAUUAAACUUGCCGAAGAUUACCUUAUUGAACAUCGUAAAAAAUUCUUACAAAAUGAUCCGAUUGAAUUUCUUCAAAUAAUUAAUUCUCAUAAAGUCUUUAAUAGUAAUAUACGAGAAUUAUGUUUAAAAAAUAUUUAUUCAGAUCCUAAUAUUUUAUUUAAUUCGGUUAAGUUUAUUAAUUUAUCAGCUUCUCUAUUGGAGAUUAUCUUGAAACAAGAUGAUUUAAUUUUAAAUGAAAUUGAUGAAAUUAAAAUUUGGGAAAAUUUAAUUAAAUGGGGAUUAGCGAAAGAUGAAAUUCUUGAUGAAGACGUUUCGAAAUGGAAUCAAGAAAAAUUUAAUAUUUUUGAAAAAAUCAUUUAUAAUUUUAUACCAUUAAUUAGAUUUUAUGAUAUAUCUUCAGAAGAUUAUUUUAAUAAAGUUAAACCUUAUGAACAAAUUUUAUCUAAAGAAUCACGAGAUGAUAUUAUACGAUUUCAUAUGACUCAUAAAUCAUUACUCAAUAAAUAUUCGAAAAGACGUUUAAGAAGGGAUAUUGAUUCUUCAUUAAUUAUCACAGGCACAGUUGAUUCUUCAUUUAUUAAUAAAGAACAUAUUGUACUUUUUGCAAAUUGGAUUGAAAGAAAAGGUAAUAAUAGGUAUAAUAGUAAUAAUAUUUAUGAAUUUAAACUCAUUUUACGUGGUAGUCGUGAUAGUUUUGGUUCUAAACCAUUUCAUAAUAAAUGUGAUAACAAAGGAGCAACUAUUACAGUUAUAAAAAUUAAAAAUUCGAAUAAAUUGGUUGGAGGUUAUAAUCCCCUUGAUUGGGGUUUACGAAGCAACUUUGGUUGGAGUGGACGAAGCAGUACUCCAGAUAGUUUUUUAUUUUCAUUUAAUGAUAAUAGAAAUGUUGGUUCAGGUAUAAUUAGUAGACCAAUUAACAAUAAUGGUACUGUAAUAAGUGAUCCAAAUUAUGGACCAUACUUUGAUAAUGAUUUAUAUUUAUCUAUGCAAUAUGGAAUAUGUUAUUCUAAUCCAAAAUCUUACGCUGAUAUUAAUAUUCCAAAUAUUCUUGGUAUUGAUGAUUAUGAAGUGUUUCAAGUCAAAAAAGAGCUUCACUCAAAAUUAUAGGAAUAUUAAUGUUUAUUUAAAUUAAAAGAUAUAUAUUUAUUUGAAAAUAAAGCUAUUUUUUUUACUCAUUUUUGA